AUGCAAACGCAGGGUCACAAAAAAGGGUACCGUUCUUCAGCCGAAUCCAAGAGGAAACCAACCGACAAGCAUUACCCGAGAAAUCGAAAGAUGAAGAGCAUCAGUUUAGUGAAACAUGUUGACAUCUCCAAAAAGCGCAAAUUUGCUGAGGUAAAUUUGAACGGUGUCAAUGUGAAGCUCCAACUCGACUAUGCGGCCGACAUCACCAUAAUUUCUACGGAAACCUGGGCUUGCAUCGGAAAACCAACAAUCAACCCUACGGACAUCGUUGCUGUCAGCGCUUCCGGUGACAAGCUCGACUUGAAAGGAGAGUUUAUCACCGAACUAACCACCCGGAAUGUCUCCAAACAAGGGUGCAUCUACGUGGCCAACCACUCCGAUCUCGACGUGCUGGUUAAGUUUCCCGAAGUGUUCCAGAGUUCCCUUGGGCUGUGUACCAAAGCACAGGUUACACUCUACCUUAAAUCGGAUUUCCGACCAGUAUACUGCCCCAAGCGCCCGGUAGCCUAUGCCGCUCUCCCGAAGUGCAGUUCUCCAAUUGGGCUGCCCCCAUCGUCGUGGUCCGACCGGCAUCCUCUGCCUGGGGCACGCAUUUUCCCUCAAAUCGAUCUGUCGGCGGACGCAUACCUCCAGGUCGAAGUGGAGGAAGAAUCACGCAAGCUGUUGACCGUUAACACCCAUCGGGGCCUGUUCCAGUACAACCGUCUUGCUCCAGGUAUAAAAUCGGCACCUGGAGCUUUUCAACGCAUAAUCGACUGCAUGGUAGCUGGCAUCCCAGGCGUAAAAACGUAUCUCGACGACAUUCUGGUAUCCAGACGAACUCAAGAGGAACACGAUCGCAAUCUGAACGCGACCCUUGGAAGGAUUCAUAAAAUUUCUUGGUCACAUCAUCGAAAAGGAAGGUCUCCGCCCAGAUCCAGCCAAAACUCGUGCGAUCUCUGUGAUGCCGGACCCCAGGGAUGUGUCACAGCUUCGAUCCUAUCUUGGCGCUAUAAACUAUUAUGGUUUGUAGGCCAAAUUAAGGAACUCCGUGCGCCGCUCGACCGGUUACUGAAGAAGGACGCCCGUUGGGAAUGGACUCCAGAAUGCCAAAGCUCGUUCGACCGCUUUAAAUCCAUUCUGCAGUCUGACCUCCUUUUGACACACUUCGACCCUCGGAAGGAAAUCAUCGUGGCUGGUGAUGCAUCCAAACACGGCUUAGGUGCCGUUAUAAUGCAUCGAUUCCCCAACGGCUCCAUCAAACCCAUCGCUUACGCUUCAAGAUCGUUGACACAAGCCCCUGCUGAAGGUUUUCGGCAGCAAGAAAGGGAUUCCGGUGUACACAGCAAAUCGACUCCAAUGCUGGGCGUUGACUUUGUUGCUUCACAACUCCGACAUCCAGUUCGUACCAACCGCAAGCUUUGGACAUGCCGAUCUUCUCUCUCGUCUGAUGGAUUUCCACAAGAAAUCGGACGAAGAAUAUGUCAUCGCAGCAAUACAGAUGGAGACAGACGUGAGAACUAUUUUCGAAGGGUCCAUCUCCAACCUGCCGGUUACAUCGGACAUGAUCUCCAAACAAUCAGCAGAGGAUCCAUCACUUCAAGAAGUAUUCAACUAUAUCCAGAACGGGUGGCCCGAAUCUGCGAAAACAAUCGCCGAUCCAACAGUACGACAGUCCAGACGUGA